UCAUGAUGCUCUUUAUCUUUGAAUAAACCUUAUGCUGCCACUUCAGAGUGUGACGCUGUUUAUCUGUGUGUCCAUGUGGGGACAUGAAAGGAAACAAGAGCAGGUCGUGCACACGACGUUAUAGAGUACAUUAGAUAUAGUCAAAAGCAAACAGCAUUUCCAUAUAGACAAAUAGGAAAAGCUCUUACACCUACAACACAUAAGAGGAAAUAAGACGCCCUGCAGAAGUGCACUUCAUCAACUACUAAGAAACACCUGCACAUCAGAUCCUAGAAGAAACAAUGCUCCGCCUGGUGAUUUUACUGCUCGCAAGUUGCGUCUGUUCACGCGUCUACAGAGAGUAUCACCUGAUAGACAUUCCUAAGUCUUGGGACGAGGCCCAGGCUUACUGCAGAGAGAACAACAUGCAUCUCGCCACCAUCGGCAACAGGGACGACCUGGAGAUGCUUUUGAAGAUGACCGAAGCCAUCGGAUGGAAUAAAAUCACAUGGAUUGGACUGAAAAGGGGCACCGAGUUCUCCUGGAAGUGGUCCGUAGGAGAGCCUGAGAACAGGGCUUUGUACACUAACUGGGCCGCUGCAGCAGGUUCGGGUUCCUGUGGAAGCAUGGCGGUUGAUGGGAAAUGGCUCGCAGACACCUGUGACUCAAAACUGGGGUUUAUCUGUAAGGAAGAUCUAGAUAAGGGCAUCGGUAUGUUAGUAGUUUCCACAGAGAUGUCCUGGAGGGAAGCCCGGGAGCACUGCAUGCAGAGAGGCACUGACUUGGCCAUCGUGAGGAACCAGAUUCAAAACCAGGGCUUACGGAGCAUGUUUAAUGCAAGCAAAGCUUUCUGGAUGGGUUUGUUCAGAGACGAGUGGCAAUGGUCGGACCGGAGCGACAGUUCUUUCCGAUACUGGUACAUCACUCAGCCAAAUGGCGAUGGCUCAUGUGGAUCGUUUUCCAAGUCGAAGAUAUGGGAUGACAGAUUUUGUAGGAACCGCUAUCCCUUUGUCUGUCAUACCGAAAAAGAAGUAAGAAAACAGACCAUUGUGAAGGUGGAAAUAAAGUCAAAUUCACUAAACUUUAAUGACCUGGCUGUGAGUGAAGCCAUUUUGAACCAAAUCCAACAGAAGUACGGCAUGGUGAAGCUUCAGUGGAGAAUCCAGCCGGACGGGAAGAUUUUCCAUAAAAAAGAAAAGGAGGAAGUCAAAGAAACCUGUUCGAACGACGUAAAGUUGACAUUAUGAAAUGAUCUGCAGUGCCAAACAAGACUUGACAAUUACUCCUGAAAAUAUGCAAGGACACCUCAAGUAUGACGAUUAAAAAUACAGUAAUAUCAUGAGAAGUUCAACCAAAAUUAGCUAUUGUGUCUGACCGUACACAUCACACCCAUUUAAAAUAAUGCUCGUUAUAAAAGUCGCUAACCUUUAAUACCCUGCAGUUAGGAUACACAUCGACACGUAUGUGAGAAGCAUUAUAUAUAUUUAAUUAUUUAGGUUAAAGUUAUAGAAAGGUGUCUCACCUUUUACAUGUUUGCUUACUCCCUUUUAAACGUAUCAUACAUCCUUAUUUCAUUCAGAAUUUGUUCAUUUUCUUGUUUUGUUUUAUUAUCCUUUGUUCCAUAUUUCAUCUUAAUAAAUUUACUGAUGAGGCAAUUGUUUUAAAUGUUCCUACUGUCUUUAAUAUUCACUCAUGUUCCUGAGAAGUAGUUGUGCUUCCAACAGUGUUAUGGGGGUGCAAUGCUAAAUCAGAGGGACACAUGUUUUCUUUAAGAAUCUCUUUAUUUUCUGCUGUAAUGUUGCAUUACAAAGGCUGAAUAACAGUAAUACUUUGAGACAAGCUCGACUGAAAAAAAGAGGCAGUAACUGAUGAAGAAUAACUGAGGAAUUUGCGUCACUGCUAAACAUUUUUCUAUGAAUCAGAAGGCUUCACUCAACAUGUGAUCCACAUGUGACCUGCAGCUCUGCUCAAGACUGAAUGAACACCUGCUCACGGUAUCCAUAAGUAGCCUGGAUUGUUACGGUGCUUGUUUGACACAGUGAUGAACAUGAUUAGAAUAAAGAUUUGGAGAUGUCAGUGCAAUAUCUUGUGUUCAUUGAAGUUGCAGUUUUUAACUUGGUAAGCUAAAAUGCCUACUGACCACUGAAAGUAAAAAAUAACCUACAUGGUUUGUACAUUUUGAAUAUGUUUCUUCUUGUGUGAGCUGGCACUGAAUAUAAUACCAAACGUUAAUGCUAAUCUAGGACUGAUUAGAGCCGGGUCAUUGCACUACAUGUAUAAGUAGUCUGGCACUCUCAGCACAGUAUUACAAUCAUGUGUUUUUGUACAAAGCAGAUUUAUACAUGACGAGCAAACAAUGAUAAAGAAAUGACUUUGUGUCACUGUUACAGCAAUGCCACAUUUAGGUGGUUUGAAAAUAAAAUCACGUCAACAGGCCUUAUUUUUGUCGUCUGUGUGCAUUACACACUUAAAAA